UACUCUCAUCUUCUUCCUUCAACUUCUUUAGGGUAAUAUUUUUACACAACACACAAAAACAUAUCAAAAUGGGAAUCAAGGGCCAGAUUCUCUUGGUUUUGGUAAUAAUCGGAUGGUUAGGAUUUGACGCCGUUCAUUGCUACAAUCGACCACCGCCUGGUAAAAACAUCGCUGUUCCUCACGUUGGCGAUGAUGCUACGCCACAACAGGUACAUAUAUCUCAAGUGGGGCAAGACAAGAUGAGAAUAUCAUGGAUUACACAUGAGCCAACAUCUGCAACAGUGGAAUACGGCCCAUCUCCUUCAGCAAACGCGUUUUCUGCCAAUGGGGAAACCACUUUUUACAAUUAUGUUACUUACCUAUCUGGUCAUAUUCACAACGUUGUGAUUGGGCCACUCAAGCCCAACACGGUCUACUACUACCGUUUGGGUGAAUCAGACAAAACAUACAAUUUAAAGACUACACCCUCUCAAUUUCCAAUCAAGUUUGCAGUAGUUGGAGAUCUUGGUCAAACAGAGUGGACAGUUUCAACAUUACAACAUAUAAAAGACUCAAACUAUGAUAUGCUAUUAUUACCAGGAGAUUUGUCCUACGCAGACGUGAUACAACCUCUAUGGGACUCUUUUGGUCGUUUGGUUGAACCAUUAGCAAGCGAACGUCCAUGGAUGGUGACCACAGGGAACCAUGAUGUUGAGAAAAUUCCAAUCAUCCAUAGAACUCCAUUCACAGCUUACAAUGCAAGGUGGAAAAUGCCUUUCCAAGAGAGUGGAUCAGACUCUAACCUUUACUAUUCUUUUGAUGUGUCUGGUGUUCAUGUCAUCAUGUUGGGAUCUUACACCGAUUUCGAUUCUGACUCGGCUCAAUAUCAAUGGCUUAAAGGGGACUUGGAGAAUAUAAACAGAGGAAAAACUCCUUGGGUAUUUGUGUUGGUUCAUGCUCCAUGGUAUAACUCUAAUGAAGCUCAUCAGGGUGAACGUGAGUCUGUUGGUAUGAAGGCUUCUAUGGAAGAUUUGCUCUAUCAAGCUCGCGUUGAUGUUAUUUUUGCAGGACAUGUUCAUGCAUACGAACGCUUUAAACGUGUUUAUAACGACGAAAGUGAUGAUUGUGCUCCCAUUUAUAUUAACAUUGGGGAUGGUGGCAAUCGUGAAGGCCUCGCCAAAAAGUACCAAGAUCCCCAGCCAGAUAUAUCAAUGUUUAGGGAAGCUAGCUUUGGACAUGGAACAAUAGAUGUGGUCAAUGCAUCACAUGCACUUUGGAGUUGGCAUAAGAAUGAUAAUGAGGAACGAGUUGCUAGUGACACUGUUUGGCUAACAAGCCUCUCCUCUAAUCAUGCUUGUAUAGCAUGAAACUACUACUGAGGUGUUAUUUAAGUUAAUUGAAGAAUUAGCUUAAAUAAAUAAUAUUAUGAUAUUUUUAAAUUUUGUACACUAUUUUUAAAUGUGCAUGAUUGGAUGUGUUUAUAAAAAAAGUUUUAAAUGAAUA